UUUCCCGCCGUUCCUCUCUUCUCUCUGCCUUUUCUCUUCGGGUCCCUACAGAUCGAAGAACAAUUCUUGUUCGUCGUCUUCGUCUUUCUUCUUCUUCUUCUUCUUCAUGGGAGAUUCUUCUUCACGUUCGCAGCAGUCGACACAACCGAAUUUGUACGGCAUCCUGGGAAUCACCAAAAGCUCUUCCUUGUUAGAUAUUAGCAAAGCCUACAAGGCGCUCGUCAUGAAAUGGCAUCCCGACAAGAACCCCUCCAGCAAAUCUUCCGAAGCCGCCGCAAAGUUCCGAGAGAUUACCGAAGCCUACAGGACUCUGAGUGCCAAGGAGGAGGAAUCGGAAUUCAAAGCUUUGGAUGAGCCAGCCAUGGAAGAAACGGCAUCCAGGCACAGAAGCGCCGACGAGGGCUUCUUCACGCGGCUGUCGAGAACUGCCAGCCGGAGAAGCAAGACGCCGGUGCCACACAGAGCGGAUUUCUCAAGGAACCCGAGCAGGAGAAGCACCACCCCGACGCCGGCAGACAUGUACGAAUCAUCAUUGUCAAGAACUGCAAGCGUCAGCACAGACAUGCCGGCCACCACCCCAACCACCCCCAAAACCCCCACCACGCCGACCGGCAUGGCUACAGGCGCGGCGGGCCUUUCGAAAGCUACCAGCCGGAGGAACAACACGCCCAUCAUCUUCUCACAGUCGACUGCAAGGAGGAAGCCUCCGCCUGUGGAGAAGACGCUGGAGUGCAGCCUGGAGGAGCUCUGCCAUGGCUGCGUCAAGAAGAUCAAGAUUACCAGAGAUGUCAUCUCUGAUACAGGGCUAAUUGUUCAAGAAGAAGAAAUAUUGAAGAUAAAGAUAAAACCUGGGUGGAAGAAGGGCACAAAGAUAACAUUCGAAGGAAAAGGGGAUCAGAGACCAGGAACCUUACCGGCGGAUAUCACAUUCUUGAUAGAUGAGAAGAGACAUCCGAUAUUCAAGAGACUAGGAGAUGACUUGGAGCUUGUAGUUGAGAUCCCUCUAAUCCAGGCCCUCACCGGCUGCAACAUCACCGUCCCGCUCUUGGGCGGCGAGAAGAUGACGCUCUUCAUCGACGACAUCAUCCACCCGGGCUUCGAGAAGAUCAUCCCUGGCCAAGGCAUGCCCAAAGCCAAAGAGAGGGAGAGGAGGGGGAACCUCCGGCUUAGUUUCCUCGUCGGCUUCCCGACACACCUCACCGAUGAACAACGGGCUGACAUUCUGAGUAUUCUCAACGACUCAUCUUCCCCUUGCGGAGAAUGAAUGUUGCUAUAUGCC